CGCUCGUCACGCUCCCACUGCGGAAGUGCAGAGGGGAAACAUCAACGGUCGCAUCUCCGGUGCCGCUAGUUUUGGACUCUAAAGGCGGAUAAAGGCCAUCAUAAUGUCGGGAUUCGACCCAAACCCGUUUGCAGAUUCAGUCGACGUCAAUCCCUUCCAGGAUCCGUCUGUCACUCAGGUGACCAACUCUGGAAUCGAUCACAUCGAAAGUUUCUCUCCGUUUUCUGAUGUCAACUCGGGAAGCACCAUCCCGGCCUCCAGCGCUCAACCUGCUGUGCUGCAGCCGUCAGUGAUGUCCAGUCCACAGGCCACGGCUGCAGCUGGGCAGGCCAAUCUGCUCAAACAGCAGGAGGAGCUGGAGAGGAAAGCAGCCGAGCUGGACAGACGAGAGCGAGAGCUGCAGAGCAGAGGAGCGCCCACAGGCAAACAGAACAACUGGCCUCCUCUUCCCAAGUUCUUUCCCAUCAAGCCUUGCUUCUACCAGGACUUCUCCGAGGAGAUCCCUCAGGAACAUCACAGACUCUGCAAGAUGAUCUACUACCUGUGGAUGUGGCAGUGUGUGACGCUGUCUCUGAACGUCUUGGCCUGUCUCGCUGAGUUCACCACUAAUAAAGAUGCAGGCGUGGACUUCGGGCUGUCCAUGCUCUGGUUCACCCUGUUCACUCCCUGCUCCUUCCUGUGCUGGUUCAGACCCGUCUAUAGAGCCUUCAGGUCUGACAGCUCCUUCAAUUUCUUCUUCUUCUUCUUCGUGUUCUUCGCUCAGAUCGCCGUGUCUGUGAUUCAGAGCGUGGGCGUUCCUAACUGGGGAAACAGCGGCUGGAUUACUGCCAUUAGAGCGAUUGGCUAUAACAAAGCGGUGGGCGUCAUCAUGAUGGUGGUGGCGUCUUUCUUCACAGUCACUGCCGCACUGUCCGUCAUUUUACUGAAAAUGGUUCAUUCCCACUACCGUCGAACUGGUGCCAGUUUCCAGAAAGCGCAGCAGGAAUUCUCCCAAGGCGUCCUCACGAAUCCCACCUUCCAGACCGCAGCCGCCAGUGCAGCCACCACGGCCGCCCAAAGCUCUCUGCCAAGGACCUAGAACAAGGAAGCACCACCGAGAUCCCACAUCUCUUCCCUCACUGUCCCAGCGGUCAACACAGAACCCAAUGCCCCCAAAUGCUGCCCUUCUUCACCUGCUUUGGUUCUGGAUCUCGAUUUGGUUCCGCUUUGGACUACAGAGGCACUACUUCUGUUUUUAUUCUUUUGUUUUGAAGCAGAAGGUAUGAAGUUUUAAAUUUUCAACAGUGUGUUUGUAUAUUUGUAUGUAUGCAAAAACGGUGUCCUGUAUCCUGAUUUUGGUUAUGCUGUAUAUAACGUAAUUUAAAGUUUCCCCGUAAUCCAUAAGACUACAGAAGUCUCUUUAAAUUAAAAUAAAGUUGUCAUGAAGGAUCUCAAAACCUUCUGAUUAGAUGUUAAUCUCAUUCCAGUUUAGGUGUUAUUAUUCUGCUUUACAUUUAUUAAAGGUUAGAGUUUUAAAUAAAAGCUUUAUUUCAUAUAUCAUUAGCUUUUCUGAAAAUAUUUCACAGUGCAUAUUAGUGCCAAAAAAAUAUGUGCCUAGAAUUUCAUGUUUGCAUAAUUAGAAUCUUGACAACCUCGGAAUCUUGACGGACUCAGAGAACAUUCCCGUUAUUGUCUUGAUUGUAAGACUGAAGGUGGAAUGUAGCUUUUUGCACUGGGUUUGUGUUUUUUUUAUUAACCAUGUAGAGUGUUGUUUUUCUCCUUCCAAUGUGUACAAGCUUAUUUCAGGCUACUGAUUGUAAACAGUCAAAUCAAAAUAGUUUUAUUAGUACUCAGACUUAAAUUAACAUGGUUGUUUAUUUUAGCCCCAGAAAGUCCUAACUUUAAAAUGUAUAAACUGGUUUGCAAUAAAAUGUGCAACAUAAAAUGCCACUUGCUGGAAGGAGUUACAUAAUUUUGCAUAAGUUUGGGCAAAUAAAAUUUUUCUGGUGAAC